AAAAUAUCCGCAGAUAUAUCAUGAACACCAAUCUAUUUGACAACCCUAGAGCUUCUAUGGCUGUAUCUACUAAACCGUGGGAGUAUCUUGCCAUCGCGCAUGUCGAGUCAUUAUCAUUGUUGAGCGUUGAUGAGAUCUAUGAUAAAAUCGACGGUUUAGUGAGACGUGAAGAAUGGAGCGCAGCUUUCCUCGACAUGAUGGCACUGUCGAGAUGAUAAUGAAGAAUGAAUGAAAGAAUGAAUGAUAAUGCGGUUAGACAUCGCGACAGGUUCUUUGAAACUGUUGAAACGGGCAGGAAAUGAAUAUUGAUGAUAUUGAUGAUAUUAAUGGUUUUAUGGUUUUGUGGUUUCUAGGAACUACGGAGAGGUUGCGAAUAGUUGGGAAAUUAUGAAGAGUCAAAAGAAUGUCCG